CUCCUUCUCUUCUCUUCUCUUCUCACCCUCCCGCACCCCACCAACCCCACGUUCUUUCGUCUGCCCUGCCGCUCUCGGGCCGCUCUCUGUGCUCGCGUCGACAAUCGCCAGGCUUCGGCCCGCCCGUCGUCAGACGUUCUGCGUCUCUAUUAUCGGGACGAGGCUUGCCCACCAAGGAGCUCCUGGCUCCACCGCGUCAUUUCCGCCCAGGUUCAACCCUCGACGCAAACACUAUUCUCUCGGACCCAGUACCUACUUCUGUUCCGUUUACGCUCGCGCUGCCCAUCAUGUCUUCAAACCACUCCCGGAAUCCCUCUGAGGAGACGAAUGCCACCACCAACUCCUACAAUAUGAUCCUGGAGCACGUCUUGCAGUACCCUGGCAGCUAUGAGCUUCCUCUCCGGACUAUGUACACUCUCAACUGCGCCCCGCGAGCUCAGCCACUACCGAGGGACCUCUCCCGUGCACCUUCGCCCACGGGCACCGGCCACUCCAGCAACCCAUCUCCCAUCGCAGGACAGCUCACCUGGAACGAUGCCGAGUCGGCUUCCAUCAACUUCACCUCGCAGCUCAUGCACCACAUCAACUCGCUGCCCCAGCAACCAAGCUCCCUCCCGCCUACCUUCAUCGUCAGUUUCGUCAGCCGCAUCUUCCACCCUAGUCUGUCUCUCGUCGACUUCCCUCAGGCAUUGACUGCGCUGGAUUACCUCAGGGAUCUGGAAACCCGAAGGCGGAAAGAGAUGGUAGCCGCCUUCGCCCGCGUUCACAUCCACCCGGAGAGCUUCGAGGCUGAUAUUGACGCCAUAUCCGGAAAGUAUCCUGGCAUUGCCCUAUGGGCUAAGAAUCUCGAGGGCAAGAACAAGAAGGCCGAGCUUUACUAUGCUAAGAUGUGGCUUGGAGUGCGCCGAUGGAUCAUGAUCAAUGAGCUGUCGCUUCAUCCGUUCAACAAGAUAAAUUGCAUGGGCAUGCUGAACACCUUGCUGCCUCCUCAGCAGAACGGGGGAAAGCUGCCUUCUUCAUUACUUAAUCAUCAGACUCUGAAGCAGGAACGAGAGAGCUUCUUCCAUUACAUCCAGCAAGUGCAAAAGCACGGUGCCGGCGUUCUUCGGCCUCUGAUGGAAGGAGAGAAGACCAACUGGCCUGUUGUACAGAAGGAGGUGGACAAGUAUCUGCGCGUUGCAAAGAAUAUCAUCGACGACUGUAUGGCUACGCUGGGCACUGAAGAUUUCAAGCCCGUGGAGGAGUCCAGGAAGGGAAAGAAGACCGACUCUGGUGUCAGCUUUGGUUCCGAGUUGAGACCGAGCACCGGCUCGAGCCUAGAGAAGCCGCUGCCGGAUUCACCCGCCGAUGCCUCUGUACCGAAAGGCCUCAGCACGCUUGAGAAGAUUACGCGCGAAUUCAAGCGGAUGCGAGUCAAGACCAGGCCAGACGUUGAGGAAAUCGUAAAGAUGGAACAGCAUCUACCAAUGACGGGGGAGAACAAAGGAAAGAAGAUUAAGAAGGCACGGUCCAUCGCCAGCCUCGGUCGCCUCAAGCAGGCGAAUUCUAGCUCGACAUCGCUGGCCGGAAGCAGGAAAGGGAGCGAUGCUGUUCCUUUCGAUGCCGAAGAGAUGAGACGCGCCCGGAUGGUGUACGAAGCCUCUCAGGCGCCAAAUGCGAUGUAAGGGCUUGAAGUGGCCCUCGAAAUGUCAGAUGAAAACCACGCGCUGCAACGACGACGACUUUUCUUUUGUUACGAGAGGAUGCGGAUCUCAC